AUGGCACCACCACCCACCACAUCUUUAACGUUCACAGUGAGGAGGCAGAAGCCUGAGCUGGUCCCUCCAGCAAUGGCCACACCUCAUGAGUGCAAACUGCUUUCUGACAUCGAUGAUCAGGAAGGUCUUCGGUUUCAGAUCCCAGCCAUACAGUUCUAUCGGAAUAUAGGAACGGGAGGAAGAGGCAGAGACCCUGUGAAGGUCAUCAGAGAAGCUCUUGCCAAAACCCUUGUUUUCCACCACCCAUUUGCUGGUCGUCUUAGGGAAGUCCCAGGCCGGAAGCUUAUGGUAGACUGUACCGGUGAGGUUGUCAUGUUCAUUGAAGCUGAUGCCGACGUCACCCUCGACCAGUUCGGCGAUUGCCUUCAACCUCCGUUCCCCUGCUUGGAGGAGCUUCUCUACGAUGUUCCCGGCUCCGGAGGGGUCCUUAACUGCCCUUUGUUGCUUAUUCAGCCACUAUGGCAGAGGGAGUUGCUAAAUGCUAGGGAGCCUCCGCGUGUGACAUGCACUCACCACGAGUAUGAUCAAAUCUCGGACACCAAGGGGACCAUUAUUCCUUUGGAUGACAUGGCCCACAACUCUUUAUUCUUUGGGUCCACUCAAGUGUCGGCUCUUCGUAGGUUCGUGCCUCCCCACCUGCAGGGUCAGGGCGAAUGUUCCACCUUUGAAUUGCUAACAGCCUUCUUGUGGCGUUGCCACACCAUCACCCUUCAACCAGAACCAGAGGAGGAGGUGCGUAUCCUUUGCAUCGUCAAUGCUCGUGCCAAAUUUGACCCUUCCCUACCCAACGGUUACUACGGCAAUGCCUUUGCAUUCCUGGUGGCCAUCUCCACUGCCGGGAAGCUGUGCAACAACCCCUUGGGGUAUGCCCUGCAACUUGUCAUGAAAGCCAAGGCAAAUGUCACCGCGGAGUAUAUGCGAUCAGUGGCCGACUUGAUGGUGAUCAGAGGACAACCCCACUUUAUGAUGGUGCGAACUUACCUGGUAUCGGACGUUACUCGCGCUGGAUUUGGAGAUGUGGACUUUGGCAAGGGCGAGAAUGGGAGUGUAGUGCCCAUUUCCUUCCCUGCGCCUACCAUGAAAAUUUUUGUGAAGGAACUUGAAAGGAUGCUAAAAGAUGAUCAAAAAGUGACUCAUACUCGUAAGACUACCUCCUUCAUCACGUCCACGCUGUAA